GUUAAUUGAAUCCAUCACUUGUCAUUGGAAAAUUCAACCAUAGAUAACCUUUAUAAGAGUUAAUAAUUCCCGGUAGUGAAUAAAUACAUUAAUUUAUAUAGUAUCAGUUUGGGGUGUACGUGACAAUUGAUUAGUAUCCUUCAGAUUGAGUACAGCGGAAGAAUAUAUUAAAUAAAAGACAUGGAAAAAAUAGUGAUUUUUGGGUCCACUGGAAUGACCGGUCUCUGUGCAGUUGAUGCCGCUCUAAAAAAAGGACUCAGUGUUAAAGCUUUUGUCAGAGAUCCAGCAAAAUUACCUGAACAUUUAAGAAACGCAGUAGAAGUAGUAAAAGGGGACAUUCUAGAUUACAACACCGUGUUGGAUGGUAUAAAAGAUGUAAUGGGGGUAGUAGUAGUUUUAGGAACCCGGAAUGAUUUAAGUCCAACGACCGAUUUAAGUGAAGGCUUGAAAAAUAUAAUAAAAGCAAUGAAAGAAUUGAAUGUGGAAGUUAUUUCAGUUUGUUUAUCAGCUUUUUUAUUUUAUGAACCAGAAAAAGUUCCACCACAAUUUCACGACCUUAAUGAUGAGCAUAAGAGAAUGUUGCAGGUGCUUCAGGCAUCAGAUAGAAAGUAUAUCGCUUGCUUUCCACCACAUAUAGCAGAUCAACCUCCUGUAGACUAUAUAGUGAAAAAAGGAGCUUCACCAGGAGGACGUGUUAUAUCCAAAUACGAUUUGGGAAGAUUCUUAGUCGAAUCUUUAAACCAACCUGAACAUUAUGGCCAAAUUGUUGGAAUAUGCAACAAACCUUCAUAGGUCACUCAUUUUCAAUAUAUAUAUAUAUAUAUAUAUAUAUAUAUAUAUAUAUAUAUAUAUAUAUAUAUAUAUAUAUAUAUAUAUAUAUAUAUAUAUAUAUAUAUAUAUAUAUAUAUAUAUAUAUAUAUAUAUAUAUAUAAUUUGAAUUUGUUAGAUUUAAUAUGUUAAUUUGGGUAGAACAAAAAAUAUUAUAGACCCAAAUAUUUUUCUCUUUUAUUUCUCAAAUAUAUUUUGGUUUUGAAUUUUAUAUGGCAUCUUAUUGUUAAAAGUAGAAUAUGUCUAUAGAAUAGUUUUAUGUAAGUGUUAAGCAAUUAAAUAAUAUUGUA